AUGGCACAGACAUUCUGGCCGGAGCUCACCGUGGACGAGCUCAGGGAUUUGUUCCAGACCGUUUGCCGAAAUCGAUCAGGCUACAUCGAGCUCCCAGAGUUCUGUGCCGCGCUGGGGUUUGACCACCGAGCCACUCCCGCUUCACAGGAGACAGCGAGGUCACUCUCGCAGCUGGACGGUGCAUUGCAGGUGGUUCUGGAUCGUAUCCGGAUCGCAAUCCUGGAGGCUGUGGCCCUCUUCCGGUCAGUUGGCGCUGCCAAGCCUGGCUUGGAGCUUAUCCGAGUGCCAAUGCACCAAUGUCAGCAUUUCGCGUUCAUGACUGGGCGUUGCCCUGCAAACGUGAUCGAAGAGACUGCUGAGUGCGAGAGGGGGCGCAUGAAGUCCGACGUGGAUGGAUCUGUGGUCACCUGGGGCGAUCGAGAGUGGGGUGGGGACUCCUCCAAAGCUCAACGGCAGUUGAUGAAGGGCGCCGUCCAGGUCUUCGGAACUUACGGCGCCUUUGACGUGGACUCCGCGGAAGAGGACCAGGACCCGGAGAUGGAGACACGGCGAUCAAAGAGGGCCUUUGCUGCGACCAAGGCCAGCCAAUGGAGUCGGCCUCAGAUGCCACAGAGAACUGAAAACACACUUGUGAACGGACGAGAUUUUGCGAGCUGCUUACACCUAGGCUCGGUCGUGACAUGGGGAGACAGCGACUUUGGUGGGGACUCUUCAGCCAUUGCCUCUCAGUUGCGGAAAGGCGUGCGCAUUGUGUGUGGCUCCUAUGGCGCUUUUGCCGCAGUCAAGGCCGGGGGCAACCUUUUUCAUGCAAGGCUGAAUGGUUGCGAACGUUCUUUCUUGACCCUGCCAGAGGAAGAUGGGUCUGUGAUCACCUGGGGCCAUCCAGACUUUGGAGGCUCAUCCUCGGAUGUGGCCGCACACCUCACUGGCGGAGUGGUCUUGCGCCUGGGAACGCAUGGUUCGCGCUUCGCGGAGCGCAUUUGCCGCUUGAACCUCAAGGCAUUGAAGAGUGAUGGAUCUGUGGUCGCUUGGGGCGACCCUGCAACCGGUGGCGAUCCUGGUGAGGUGGAGGGGCAUCUACGAUCCGGCGUGAAGCUUCUUGCAGCUACGUAUGGUGCCUUUGCUGCUGUGAGGUGCGACGGAUCGGUCGUGACCUGGGGAAGUGAGGACCUUGGUGGCAAGCAGCUAGACAGCACUCGACUUCGACAAGGAGUGCGCGAUGUUUGCAGCAACUUUGGUGCUUUUGCGGCGAUCAAAGAUGACGGUACUGUUGUAGCAUGGGGUGAUGCUGCUUGCGGCGGCGACACUUUCGCGAUUGAUUCGGAUCUGCGAAACGUCCAGCAAAUCUGCAGCACAUACAGCGCCUUCGCUGCCUUGCAGCAGAAUGGCACCGUGCUGACAUGGGGUGAUGCAGACUGGGGCGGCGACAUCUCGGACAGUGUUGAGGAGCUAAAGGCCGUGACUCAGGUUUGCAGCACGUAUGGUGCAUUUGCAGCUUUGAGGAGCGAUGGCUCAGUAGUCGCAUGGGGAGAUGCUGCUUGCGGUGGUGAGACCUCAGCUGUUGCAAGCAGGAUACGCAAGCGAGUUUUUCAUUUGUGCAGUACGUAUGGUGCUUUUGCCGCCACGAAAACGGAUGGAUCCGUUGUCACCUGGGGUGAUGCAGAUUGGGGAGGAGAUUCCUCCUACGUUCAAGACCAACUCUACAUGAUUUCGUUGGUUUCGGGAACCUUCCGCGCCUUCCUGGAGAUGCAUGACAGCGGCACAUUCUUCUUGGGUGACGACGCCUUCGACAGCAGUGACGCAAGCUACGACGGGCUACUCGUGGGAGUGGCCAAAAUCUCCGGUAGCGGCGGGGCUUUUGCAGCUACCAAGGUGGAUGGGUCAGUCGUCACAUGGGGAGAUCCAAAGUGUGGCGGCGACUCUUCGAAAGCUCGGCACCUGAAAGGAGUGGUCGAGGUAAGCCACACAGCUGCUGCCUUCGCCGCGCUUAAGGCCGACGGUUCCGUGGUUGCCUGGGGAGAUCCAGCAUGUGGGGGUGACAAUUCAGGCAUGGAGAGGUCAAGAACGUGUGCAAAGCGAGUUUUUGGCUUGUACAAACUUUUUGCAUGCAUUAUGGCAGAUGGAAGUCUGUCGAUGUGGGGAGAUGAGGCACUGUGCACAGUCAGGACUGACCUGAGAGACAUUGUCCUUGUAUCUGGCACUGCGAAGGCCUGCGCAGCAGUUACGACAGAUGGUUCAGUGGUGACGUGGGGGGAUGAAAGGUGGGGCGGCGACUGCUCGGCGGUAUUGUCUCAGCUUCAGGAAGUGCAGCAGAUUUGUGCAACUGGCGGUGCCUUUGCAGCUAGAACACAGCUUGGGGCUGUGGUAACCUGGGGUGAUCCUGCCAGUGGAGGGGAUAGCCUGGACGUAUGGGAUCAGCUUGCUGGUGGAGUCGUCGACCUCAGCCACACCAGUAGCGCCUUCGCCGCGAGGAAGGAGGAUGGCUCGGUUGUGACAUGGGGAAAUGAGGACUUUGGUGGAAACUCUUUCGAGUUCUCCUAUGAACUGAGCUCGGACGUCGUACAGGUUUGCGGCAAUGGUGGGGCGUUUGCUGCGCGAAAAGCGGACGGCUCGGUCGUGUGUUGGGGCGAACCAGGUGCCGGGGCCAACUUCCGACUGGAGAAUGUUGUGGACAUCUGCAGCACUUACAGGGCCUUUGCUGCCGUGAAGGAGAAUGGCUCCGUGGAGGCAUGGGGCGAUCCGAGCUGUGGAGGAGACUGCUCCAAGGUUGCCUCGGCACUCCGGGAUGUUGUGCACCUCUGCGGGACUUUUGGAGCCUUUGCGGCUGUGAAGAAAGACGGAACCGUGGUUACCUGGGGAGAUCCUGAAACAGGGGCGGACUCGUCAAUGCUGCAACCAGUCCAUGACCCAGACAGCGAGGCUGGCAUUGAUGCCGCUGACCUUUUUCAGAAGCUGGACGUUCAAGGCAUCGGCUACCUGAGGUAUGAUGAAGUCAGCCUCAUGGGCUAUGCCUUCGACAAUCAGCUCACCGGGCAACAGCUGGACAGCCUAUUUCGACAUUUCGACCCCCGUGGCUGCGGCAUGGUGGACUUGGAAGGCUUCAGACGCUGCCUGGGCUUCCUAGCGACGGCUGAGGACCAGAGCAAUGUCGAUCAGGCGGUCCGAGCGCGAAUAGCGCAGGCAGCCUCUGCUUUGCAAUCGAGAGGAUGCACUGUGCAAGAAGCCUUCGUCAUAUUCGACACCAACCGCAAUGGGUUUCUCGACCAGACCGAGUUCUACAGAUUCCUAGUGUCCGGUGACUGCAGAGUCCCGCUGAACAUGCUGGAAUGGGAUACUCGCAGUGGCGUAGCGAAGCAUGAUCUUAUCAGGCUGCAGCUUGCAACCUACAUGCGUGCUCAUGACACGCCGGACAUCCCCUUGUCUUUCAGCUCAAGAUAUCUCAAGGUUUGCCCAGCAGCUGUCCAGGUCUUCUCCGUGAACCCCGGUUCUCUGGCAUUCAGCUCCCACCAUGCAUCCACAGUGGCUGCCCACAACCGAUUCUAUGACGCGGCCCUUUCCACAGCGCUGGAUAGGCUCGAGGCCUUCGAUGCCCAGGGCCUCGCCAACCUCGCCUGGGCAUUGGCCAUGCUCGGCGGGAGCCGCACUCGACCACUACUGUCAAAGAUCCGGGCCAGAGCGGGAGCUGUGGUGAAACAACACACGGCUGCGGUGCACCUCGUGCCGGAGGCAAGGACACUGGCAUUCAGCAUUUUGUCCUUGACAUGGGCCUUGAGCUUCACAUCAGAGUUGGACUUUGAGCUGGAGUGCACCAUGCUGCAAGCGGUAUGCCAGAUGGCGAGGGUCUUGGAUGCUGGGAUCCACAAGAUGUGCGAAACGAAGCCCCUCGUACCUCUGGCAGUGGAUGCCCACCUCCUGAUGCCUCGGGUAACAAUUGACAGCCCGGGCUUGCUGGUGGUACUCAAACCUCCUGGGUGGGAGGUGGACACGACUUCGGACCAGACAGAAGCACGCUGCCUUUCGACACAUCUGCAAGAAAGCCGGCGAAUGGAGGACUGCCCCGUGCUGCACCAUGCAGCCUAUGGAUUUGGCUUCAUCCACCGUUUGGAUGUGGCCAGUUCUGGACUUGUGAUAGCAGCCACUACCUUUCAGGGACUGCUGUGGAUGCAGUUUCAGAAAGCCCUGAAUCGUAUCGAUCGAGAGUACAUAGUCCUCUGCUAUGGCUUGGAUCCUCAGCCGGAACACGUGAUCGACGUGGAUGUCACGGUGAAGGGUUGGCUGAAAGCUUCCAGGACGCUGACUGAAGACGCAGGCCUCCCAGCAAAAUCCAGAAUGCGCUCAGUCGCACAAAUGCAGCAUCCUUCCUUUGGCCGAAUGGCUGCAAUCAGCAUCCAGAUUUUCACGGGAAGGCGACACCAGAUUCGCGCACAUACCCGGUGGAUGAGGCAUCCAACCGUUUGCGAUGCUUGGUAUUCACCAUGCGAAGUUUGCUUGACGGAGCGUUCGAUGCUCGGUGCUCCACCUCUGCGAGCCUGGGUGCGCACUCCAAGGUGGGAUGGUGAGCUGACGGCGCCGCCCGAGGACAUGCAGAGCAGGUGUAGCUGGUCCGAGGCGUCAUAA